AUGGGGAGCCCUUCUCCGGCAUUUCAAAGGACCACAUUGGCUGGCGGCAGGCAACGAUCACCCAGGCCUCUUGACCCAACCUUGGCCUCAGCCCCUUCCCUUGGAAGGAUUCCAGCAAGUAUCAGCCCCCUCAGGACACAGGGUACCCAAGCCCAGGAAGCUGAGCAGGUUGCAAUGCAGGCGAACCAGGUCCAUCGGGACAACCUGUGGAGGGAGCUGCUGGAGGCUGAACUUAGGAGCCACAAGCGCUGGGUUGAAAAUUGGAGUUUUUUGAAAGACUAUGAUCCAAUGGGUAAUAAAAAAGAGCACCCGAAGCUACCAGAAUACAUCUCUUUAUUUUCUGAUACAGUUCCCAGCACAGCUAAUCAAGUGAUCGGCAGCAGGGUGAACACAGAGCUGGGUAAGAAGAUAGCAGGCAUGGAUUUCUUCUUCGCUGAAGGAAACCGAAAGAAGAAACGUAAGGAUGAUUUUCACCCCUUUUAG